AUGCCAUUUUACCUCUGGAACUGUUUCUCUGCUGUGCAGGCGUUCUGGAGAUUCUUGAUUGAAGGCGCGUUGUCUGUUAUAUUUCCGUCAUUCAUUAAAUCCUAUCCAUCCAACCCUCAGAAAUCGAAUGAUCUUGAGUCCAAUAUUACGGCCGGCGUCGCCUCCUCGAGAACAUCGGACCAUGUCACCUAUACCAUACGGCCACUAUUUCAGUCUGAUUUGAAAAUACUGGGCAUAGGAGCUUCCGGUCAAGUCUACGAGGUUGACGAGGAGAUAGUCCUUAAGAGUUGUCGCAUUUUCGAACAACCCGGGAGCGACGCCUCGGACAGCGACCGGUACCACUAUGCCUCAGAUACCAUUUUUCACUCUAGCUUGUUGCAAGAUGAGCGGUUUGUUUUACGACUACUUCAACAGUGGCCACAUCCUCAUAUCAUUGAAGCUAUCGACACCGAUCAAGCCGAGGGGAUAUUUCUCCGCAGAUAUCGGCCGUUGUCGGAGGGUGAGAUACCCGCACAACCCACUCGAAUUCGAUGGUAUCGCGAUAUCGUCGACGCUCUUUGCCACCUUCAUAAGCUUGGAAUAGCUCAUGGAGAUGUACGAAUUGACAAUGUACUCUUCGAUAAUCGAGGCUCUGCUGUUCUUUGUGAUUUCAGUGCCGCUAGUCCCUUUGGUCAAUCAAAUCUAGUCAUCUCGGAUCUUCCACUUCCAGUCAAUGGCCCUUCGCCAAAUCUUUCGGAGGCAACUGAUAUGUUUGCAAUGGGCUCGCUCCUUUUUCAAGUUGAGCAUGGAAUCAAACCUGAGCUUUCUGUUGACAGGAAUGGUGUAUUGAUUUUGCCUAACAUACAGACCAGUCAUCAAGGCAUUGAUGCGAUUAUUCGAAACGCUUGGCUUGGACAAUAUAGCAGCACCUCGGAGAUGCUAGAGAACCUUCGUGCACUUGACUCUCAGAUUGGCCAAACUGUUCAUGAUACCGAAAUACACUCAGAGCCAAUUGCUUCACUGAGAGAGCGGAUCAGAGCUUGGAGAAAAAGACGGGAGAACAAUAUUGGUAAGAAUCGCCCAUUAUAUGAUGCAUAUCUCUGGUUUUUUAUAACUAACAUGAUCUAUAGGCUGUGUACUUGA